AUGGUAAAUGUGUUCAGGAGAGGAUGUCACAGAGUUUUGGAUUCUGAAAGAACCACUAUCUGCUGUGCAGACGACAUACUUAUGGUCUUACAGCUGUCUAUUGCACAAAUAAACAAAGAGUUGCCGACUAUGGUAAAGAGGUUAAUCUGUGCAUAUUUAAUGUUGUUGGUGAACUCCAAGAAUGAUCUGGCCUUGGCCCAUGUGUUAAACAUUCCAGACCGAGGUCUUGGAAGGGACACCUUCGCUGAUCUAAAGCAUGCAGCACACAACACGCAGACGUCCCUUUAUUUGGCUGAAACAUCAUUCAUUAGAGCCAUACAACUCGGCGGAAAAGGCUAUGCCCCUUCAGAGACAGAUUCACUAAGGAAGCAUCUGACAGACUUUGUUCACUUCACAGACAAUUUAGAUGAAUUACUUGGAGAAAUUCCUGACCCGAGCUUUGCAGGGAGUCGGAUCAUGUCCACAGUUAAGGCACGCUUGCUAAAAGGCAGAAGCAGUGAGGAUGCCCUCUGUGCAGCAGCAGAGGAAACAGUACAAGAGCUGAGACUAAGAAUAAGAAUAUCAUCCAUUCUCAAAGAAACGACCAAUGCAUGCGCCAUCGGUAUUAGCCCUGCCUGGCCCAAAUGUUAUGCCAUAAACCAUUCUACAGCAUAUGGUGAUAGAGCGACUGUAAAAGUCCUACCACUUGAUGAAGAGGCAACAAGUCCCCCAAGUAGAAACAAAGCUGAUUUGCUGUAUGGGGAUGAGGGAGAUAUGGCUGAGGCUGGAGCAGCCUGCGACUUAACGCUAUUCAGAUGUGUUAAAGACUUGAAGGACAAGUAG